CAGUGGUACAAGAAUGGCUAUCUCAGUACUCCGGCUGACAAUUGUCCUGGGACUGCUUUUCUUAAUCCUGACCUGCCAUGCAGAUGAUAUACCAGAAAACAAGCCAGAAGACUCAGGCAAAAGCCCAGAGAAAGAUUUCCCCAAAUUCCUAAACAUCCUAGGCACAGAGAUAAUUGAGAAUGCAGUCGAGUUCAUCCUCCGCUCCAUGACAAGGAGCACAGGAUUUGUGGAAUUUGGUGAUAAACAAGGAGAACAUUCAUCAAAGUGACCUCCGCAGGACACACCUGUCUGGCUCCUGGACAAUCCAAGGGCAGUCAAACCCUGCUUUUCCGGUUCAUCUCCUUCAUGAGAGUUCCAGGACCAAGGCCUCAAAGCAGCUCUCAGGAGUUCUCAGGAUCAGGUCCUGAAUUCAACCAAACACAACUCAUUUUGAACACCUGGCUUUGCAAUUUUGCUCCUGGAAAGUCAGCAUAACUGUUUACUCUUUGAUGUCACGUACCUUAGUUCAUGGAGAAGAAAUUUGUUG